AUGAACAGUCUCUUUGAACUUCUCCUCGUCGAGGAACUGCAAGAUCAGGAAAACAAGCUCUCUACUGAGAGAAGACAUCUUAAACGCACCCAAUUCUCGAAAAAACAAAGUCCAAGUGAUGUGACUGGCGGAACAGGUACAGGACGGGAGCUGGGAUGGGGUGGAAGUGUGGAACCGAGUGAUAGGGUCGGAAAGUUGAAGAAAGUGAUUUUAACACCUUCUUUAUCAGAUACCCUCCGACAGACUUCUAUUGGCCAAGACAUCUGGAGUUACUCCCCAUACAUACCGGAUCGAAAUAAAAUCCAAAAAAUCAAUAGAGCAACCGGGCAAUCACUCGGGUGGAUCAGCCUCAACCACCCGGAGUUUCGCGGCAGCGUUGGAAGCAGCACCAACUACGGCUCCAAGUGUCGGCGUGCUGCUAUUGCUGGACCCAGUGCCCUCGCAGGAUUCAGAGAAGCCCCGCUCGAUGGCCUGUCAACGUCAAAAAAGAUUAUUAUAAUUAUUAUUCUCGAUGCCUUACUUUUAUUAUAUGGUCUUGACUAG